AUGUGGGAAAAAUAUCCCAAUUUUGGCAGAAACACUAUUAGUUGGGAAAGCUGGUGGAACCAAGUAGUGAAAAAAACGUUUGAUGGUCACCUGCCAAAAAAUGCUGAUAUUAACUCCCUUGCUUCUGAGCUAAUAAGUGACUUUAAAACAACAAAAUGCUGGAAAUUAGCUGAAGUUGGGCAUACUAAACCAGAUAGAGAAAUAUUUGACCAUGCAUUAAAAGUACAUAUGAAUGCCUGUCCAGCAGAAUGUCUUCAUAUUGGAGAUGAUCUUGAAAAAGACUUCAGAGGUGCAAGAGCCGCUGGAUGGCAUGCAUUACUUGUAACAAAUAAAGAAUAUAAAGAUAUUGGCCCAGUAUCCUGCGCGCUAAUCUCGGGUAAACUUGACCCCGUGUCCAUGUUGUUAGGUUCCACUUCCCUUACCGUUUCUCUCCGGAAUCUCCACAGCGGAUUUGGUUUCAGG